AUGGUUGAUGAGUUGGCAGAACCAUCUAUAAGGGAUGCCUUUGGUUCUUGUGUUCAACAAGGUGCAAAUCGAGUGAUUGUAAGCCCAUUUUUUCUCUUCCCUAGACGACAUUGGCACCAGGAUAUUCCUUCCUUGACUGCUGAAGCUGCCAAAGAACACCCCCGUGUUUCAUAUAUUAUAACUGCACCUCUUGGUCUUCAUGAUCUUCUUGUGGAUGUCGUGGAUGACAGGAUUCAACACUGUUUAAGCCAUGUAGCAGGAGAUGCAGACGAGUGUGCUGUUUGUGUUGGUACAAGCAAAUGCAGGCUCUAUUAAAUGUAUAAAUUACAAAACCGUAUUGUACGGGGCUCUCUUAUGGUGGGGGGCCAUUUUAGCAUGAAAUAUGAUAGAAGAAUCUGGCUAUUACAUACGUAGGAUUCAAGCAAUUGUGUUUUGGCUGUGAUUAGGUGUGCUAUUAUCUGGAGGAAAUCGGGUGAUUAGUUGUACCGACAUUACAACUCACAGAAUCUUCUUCCAUCUGUUAUUGAG